UGAACCUUAUUCUUCGACUUUUUACGACGACGUCCAAAAAUCCAUCGUCCCGUCCUCAGGCCGAUCCUCGACUCAACUUCACGAUGGACCCCACGAAAUUGGCAAAACUUCAGGCUCAGGCGGCUGCUAACAGGAUCGGUGGAAAGGGUACCGUGCGUCGCAAGGUCGUGCGGAAGACCAAGCCCUCGACUGCUCAGGACGACAAAAAGCUCCAGGGCGCGUUGAAGAAGCUCAAUGUUCAGCCUAUUCCUGGCGUUGAGGAGGUGAACAUGUUCAGAGAGGAUGGCAACGUGCUGCACUUCACUGCUCCCAAAGUUCACGCCGCCGUCUCUGCCAACACCUUUGCCAUUUACGGCGCUGGCCAGGUGAAGGAGCUCACUGAGCUCGUUCCCGGCAUCCUCAACCAGCUCGGACCCGACUCGCUCGCUUCACUGCGCAAGCUCGCCGAGUCCUACCAGGCCAUCCAACAGAACCAACAGCGACCGCCAAACGCCGCUGCAGAUGAGGACGAUGAUGACGUCCCUGACCUCGUCGAGAACUUCGAUGUCGUUGAGGACAAGCCCAAGGAGGAGAGCCAGCUUGAGGAGCUCAACUAAGGUGGCUGAGGUUUGACGUCGGGUUGUGAGCGCGCGAGUGUGGUGGUCAUAGGGUGGGUGGAAGAGUCUGAGGAGGGCUGGAGUGAAUUCUUUGGCGCAAAGUGAGGGCUGCCUCUCUUGUCUAGCUGUGUUGUUUUCGCAUGACCUUGACACAAAACCCAUUCCGCGUUCAUAUUCGCGUCUCCCCAUGCUUCCCUUUCGCAAUUGUUGCCCUCGUUUUUCGUCGCCUUUGCAUGUCCCUCUGCUUGAUCAUCGCUUGUGAUUCUUCUCUUUCCUGUUUCUUUACGCAUUGUCAAUGAUCGCAUUGUAUCAAUUCACAUCGGAACUGUCUGGGCCAGCGGUGCUUUGGUGACAACCAUGACUCGAGACCCUCAUCAAUACCAUAUGUCUACAGUGGCGGAUAUACGAUCGAAGGUUCUAUAACCUCCGUAUUCCUGCCCUC